AAAACAGAACAGGGUAGCGGAAGUGAGGAAGCUGUGUCUCUGCCUGCUGCUGUCACAGCAAAGAAAAGCAACCGCUACACCAAGAGCAGCAUUUUUUGUUGUUGUUCUAACUAGGACUUAACCGGUUUUCAUCAAUAUGUCGGCGAACACAAUGUCUGCCCGCUUUAGGCGAGUGGACGUGGACGAGUACGACGAGAACAAAUUUGUAGACGAAGAAGACGGAGGAGAAAACCAGCUGGGUCCUGACGAAGCAGAGGUGGAUUCGCUUAUCAGGCAAGGAAAUCUCAUGGAGGCUUUACAGGCAGUCCUGAAAAAUCCACCGAUCAACACAAAAAACCAAAAUGUCAAGGACCGGGCUGAGGGUCUGGUGCUGAAGGUUCUCAGUGCCUUUAAGAGCAGUGACAUUGAGAAAGGAGUUCAGUCUCUUGAUAAAAAUGGCGUGGACCUGCUGAUGAAAUACAUCUACAAAGGCUUUGAGAGGCCGUCAGAGAACAGCAGUGCAGUUCUGCUGCAGUGGCAUGAGAGGGCCUUAGCUGCUGGAGGAGUGGGCAGCAUCGUUAGGGUUCUAACAGCGAGGAAAACGGUGUGAAAGUGGAUCAGUUCACACCACCAACAGAUAACAGAGGGUUUCCUAAGAGGAAAAGCCGGCUGUUUUUACCGUAUAACACUGUUGUUUGAGGCCGCAGGUUGAGUUUUGUCAGUAGAAAAAAAUUGACUGAAUAUGAUCCAACAUAGGCCUAGUUGACCUACUUCUUAAUGUAACUCAAAAGGGGUUACUAAAAGAGAAACAGAGGUAUGAGACUGACCAGGCAAAAAGAUUACCACUGAUUUCUAUAAACAGUGUUUGAUUUAGACUAAUACAGUAUUUACCGUUGCAUGUUAAAAGUAUUACUGUUAAAAGAACAGUCUGAAAAUGUGCGUUUCCACAGCCGGGCUGUGUUGGUAAAAUCUGGCAUGGCUUAUUCUAUGAUGGACCAAAUUUUGUAAUAUUUUCUUCAUACUGACAGUACUCCAACUUUCUUUGUGUUACUAUGUUUCGCCGAGAUUAUGUUUUAACCGAGACGUUACAGAAUAUUUUUGUCCCUUUUGUUACGUCUUAACUGCUCCCCUCGUCUGUUCAAUGUAUUCUCCUUCCUCAGAAACAUGGUUGCUUUAAAGUAAACUUGUGUAGGUUCAAAUGUUUGUGUACUUGUUACAGAUACCAUUAGAGUCAAGGGAAGAAUGAAUAUACACAUAGGAGAAAGCUGUUCUCAACCAUUUUCUCCAUUAUCUUAUUUAGCUUUUCCCAGAUUUAAAGAUUAUUUCCCACAAUACAUCCGUCAUUAGUUAAUUUAACCUGCACUUGACUGUUUCUGGAAUUUUCUGGCAUCUUGCUCUCUCUGACUUCUGAGAUUUACGUGGUUUACCUGUCCAGAGUCAAUAUUUUCUAAGACCUUUUCAAACUUUAUUUAACAGAAAAAAAUCUGAAAUAACCAAUUCCCUAUUUCCUUAUAUACUUUAUUUCUCAACAUGUUCACUGCCUCGUUGGCAGAUUAUGUUCGUUGCCAAAUUAAAAGCUUAUUUUGACGAUU